AUGGCUCCCCGACGCGGUGCAUUUGGAGAGAUGACGGGUCCUACAGAGCCCUCACCAGAGGUCAUAUAUCCCAUCAUCGAUUAUAGCAAGAGUCCGCGCGCUAUGAUGGAGGCUCCAGUAGCAAUCAAUAGCCUACUCGCCCAGCUUCCAUUUACGUUUAUUUUCCUCACCUCCUCCACAAUCUUUAACAUCAUAACCGGUACACUUUUUCUUGCUGAGGAUUUAAGCGUCCGCCAGACAUAUAACAUAAUGCGGGGCUUCUUCACGAUGGGCUACUACCUUGGAAAGCUGUGCUUGCUGGAGUCUAUAUUUUCAAUCCUGCAUAACCGCCUCUGCGCCCUCAGCCCCGGGAGAACAUCGAGGGCCGCGUUACUUAUGAUAUAUCUGGAUCGAUUUUUCGUGGCGGUGAUGUUUGCGAUUGUUAUCACGAUAAUGGGGUUCAAUAUCAAGUACACCAUGGAUUCAAAUGAUAUUUAUCGUGGAAGAAAUGGCGUCACGUGGGAGAACUCCGUGGGCCGUUAUCAGAUACACUGGGAUAGGGUCGUUUUUGUGUAUGACUUUAUGCUGCUUAUAUGCGGUCUUCAUUUUUCGAACUUCUCAUCACACCUGCUACGCCGGGCAGAUAAGCUGAAUCAAGACAAAAGGGAAAUCAAGAUCCUGCUGGCCCUUGUUUCAACAGCGAUAAUCGUCAAUGGCACGUUUUUUGUUCUUGUCGAUUUGAUGUCCUUUAGAGGGAUCGUAUAUCCCUGGGCGCGCAUCAAUGUUGCGCAAACCGUUGUCGAUACUGUUACCAUGAUCUGUGCUAUCGCUGGUGCUUUGUGGGUUGCGAUAAGGCGGGAGGAUUGGGUUCCUGGCAUCACGGGGAAUGGAACAGCGCCGUAUUUAAGAGAUAUCAUUAGGAAUCGAAGGAGACUACAAGGAUACUAG